AUGGCAAUCAAAUUUGACUUGUUUAAAAAACAGCACGUUAAAUUUCCUCGUGGACAAACAAAAUCAUGGGACGUAGGAAUAUUAAGUGAAAAUAAAUCGAAAAAUCGAUAUGGAAAUCUGGCCGCCUACGAUGAGACGAGAGUAAAGCUGAAUUUUCAAACAGGAUUGGGACAGAGUGAUUACAUCAACGCAAAUUAUGUUGACGGCUACAAAAUGAAAAAAACAUACAUUGCGACGCAAGGACCGAAGUCGAACACCCUGGUCGAUUUUUGGCGAAUGAUAUGGCAGGAACAGGUUUCCUUGAUUGUGAUGGUCACAAACUUAAUUGAGAAUGGAAAAACAAAGUGCGAAAAGUACUGGCCUGAGGAAAGACAGUCUGUGUGCGUCAAGGGCCUUCAGAUUCAGAGCGUUAAGGAAGAAAUUUACCCCGAUUACACACAGCGCACCAUGCGACUCAUGAAUGGAGACCAAAAUCGUUUGGUUGUGCAAAUGCACUACACACAAUGGCCUGACCACGGAGUGCCUUUCUACGCAAAGUCUCUUGCUUGCUUCAUGGAAAAAAUUCUGGAAAUCAAAUCCGAUAGUCCAGUUGUGGUUCAUUGCAGUGCCGGAGUUGGUCGGACGGGAACCGUCAUUCUGAUUGAUGCCUGUCUUCGAAUGGCGCGAGCAGAAGGUUUUUUUAACGCUUUUGAUAUGUUGGGCAAAAUUCGCGCACAAAGGGCAAAUUUGGUUGACAACGAGGCAAAUGGCAAGAAUUUACUGAAUCAGCACUGGCUGGGAAUUAACAGAAUUUGCACAAUGGAUUGGCAACAUCUUCAGGCGCAAAGCGUAGUUUUGCCAGAGAGGUUUGGACUCCACGACUAUCCUGCUGCGUCUGACAAGUAUUUGAAACUUUUCCCAAGUCAGCCUACGGAACGGAAUCUGAGAUUGAUCAACGCCGUUUUUGUUGAUGGUUUCAAAAAGAAAAACAAGUUCAUCUGCACUCACACACCAACGCAAAGCACAGUAUAA